CAUGGGACUGUGCGGACGUGUGUGAUCGGGUGUGCCCACUGGAUUAAGAAGAGGAUAUACCCAAACUGCUUUAUAAAAAAUACACUCUAGAAUUUCAAGACAGUGUCACUCAAAAGUUUUAAGGGUACAUAAACCACACAUUUGGCCAGCUGGACCUGAGAAAAAACAGUGGUGUGUGUGAAGGCUUGAAGCUUAAACUAGUGCGCCUGGAGACCGGUGUGGUGCUUUGGAUGUGUCCUCUCGCGCACCAUCACCAGACAGUGUGUGUCUUUUCGAGGAUUUGUUUGCAUCAUUCUCUUACUUUCGUUUCUACUGUGUCAAGCCGUUUCUGAGGGCUUUGGUUUUCCUCGUGUCGGAGACUAGCAUGCUCUACAGACAAGACCUCUCAUGAACGUGUUGUUUGACUUGGCGGCUGAAAGUUUGCUCCGAAACCUCACUGGAACCAACUCGCUCCAUUGGAUAUAUCAAGCCCACUAACGAGUGCAGUAGGCAAAUCACUCCAGACGCCAGUGUGGAAUCAGACGCGCUUUCAGAAUUUCGAGGACAUUUUUGUGGAAAGCCACCACUUUAAAAACCUUGGACGUUUUCACAAGGUCGAGACCACAUCAGGAAGAACAAAUGGUUUUUCUGUGGGACGCUAAGUACGACCCUGCCCCGGGGCGUCGCUUCACUCCCCCCUCCACCACUCUGGGGUCCGGCGGGAAGAUGAGCGAGGGUCUGCCCCUGGGCGCCCAGGAGAGCAGUGGUGCCGCCCUGGUGGGCAAGCUGCGCAUGGCAGACCGGAGCAUGGUGGAGGUGCUGUCCGACCACCCCGGAGAGCUGGUGCGCACAGACAGCCCCAACUUCCUCUGCUCCGUGCUCCCCACUCACUGGCGCUGUAACAAGACCCUUCCCAUCGCAUUCAAGGUGGUGGCCCUGGGGGACAUUCCCGACGGCACGCUGGUGACGGUGAUGGCGGGUAAUGACGAGAACUACUCGGCCGAGCUUCGCAACGCCACGGCCGCCAUCAAGAACCAGGUGGCUCGCUUCAAUGACCUGCGCUUCGUCGGACGCAGCGGACGAGGUAAAAGCUUCACGUUGACCAUCACGGUCUUCACCAAUCCUCCUCAAGUGGCCACCUACCAGCGUGCCAUCAAGGUCACCGUAGAUGGACCCCGAGAGCCGCGCCGACACAGACAGAAGCUGGAGGACUCGGUAAAGCCGGGCACGCUGGCCUUUUCUGAGCAGCUGCGCCGCAGCGCCAUGCGGUGUAGCCCCAACCCCAACGCAGGCCCGCACCACCGCAAUGCACUCACCACUCCCCCCUUCACCAGCCCCACACACACGCAGCUGCCUGACUCCAGGCAGAUCCAGACGUCUCCGCCCUGGUCCUAUGAGCAGCCGUACCCCUACCUCAGCCAGAUCACCAUGCCCACAGUUCACCCCACAACGCCCAUCUCACCCAGCCGCAACUCUAUCCACUGUUCUGAACUCACAGCGUUCAGCGACCCCCGCAUGACCCUGGAGGCGCGACCCUUCACCUCGCUGUCCUCGAUUUCCGACGGCCGCUUCUCGGACCCGCGCACGCACUACGCGACCGGGGCCUUCCCGUACCCCCCGACGCCCGUCACCAACGCCAUCGGCAUCGGCAUGUCGGCCAUGACGGGUGGCACGGGCCGCUACCCCACCUACCUGCCCCCGCCGUACCCCUCCAGCUCCCAGGGCCAGGGCGGUCCCUUCCAGGCCAGCUCCUCGCCCUACCACCUGUACUACAGCACGGCGGCCGGCUCCUACCAAUUCCAUUCCAUGAUGACGGGGGGAGCGGGAGGCGGGGGAGGAGCAGUGGGGGGCUCGGAGCGAUCGCCACCCCGCAUCCUGCCGCCGUGCACCAACGCCUCCACAGGCUCCGCCCUGCUGCACCCCUCGCUGCCCAAUCAGAGUGACGUCGGCGUGGAGACGGAGGGCAGCCACAGCAGCUCGCCCACCAGCAUGUCGGCGGAGGCGGUGUGGCGGCCAUAUUGAACUGCGGCCAUCUUGAGACUGAGCUGUGAUUGACAGCUGGGCAGCUCACGACUGUCCUCCAUUAGAGCAAUAGACUCCAAGUUAGACGUGUGACACCAGGACUGUAGAUUGUAAUAUGUUUUUUUUCCUUCCACAGAGGAGCAUGUAGGACUCAUCUUUUUGUUUUGCUAAAAGAGUUGUGGAUAGUUUGUCUUUUAAUAAUAUUAUUGUUGUUUUAAUUAUUUGUAAUGUCGUUUUAUCGUUGUUAUUGUUGUUUGCUAUUAUUGUUACUGUUAUUAUUAAUAUUAUUAUUAUUGCAACAAUUAUUUGAGGACUAUUGUUGGACCAUGUACGUCAAGACUGCUUCUGUUCACAUGCACAUGCAAGCACACAGAGAUACACGCACACACACACACACACACACACACACACACACACACACACACACACACACACACACACACACACACACACACAAACACACAUACACACACACACACACACACACACACACACACACACACACACACACACACACACAC